AUGGCAACUUCACACAACUCACUCCGGGAUCGUCAGAUCAGAUCAAUUGAGCGCAUGCUAAAUUUGAAUCAUGAGUCCCCCGAAUCCGCGAAUGCCCACGAUCAAACAUCACACACUGGAAUUGCGGUGCCAUCAGUACCUAUUCUAAAUGAAGAUGGAGAACCAAUAUGGAAGGUCUUGGUCUUUGACGAUUUAGGACGAGAUGUUAUCAGUAGUGUACUACGAGUUAGUGACUUGAGAGCUUGGGGAGUUACAAUGCAUAUGCAUAUUACAGCAAAUCGACACCCUAUUCCAGAUGUUCCAGUAUUGUAUUUGGUGGAACCUACGGAAGCCAACUUAAAGGGAAUCACCAGUGAUCUCUCGAAAGGUCUCUAUUCUCCUGCCUACAUCAACUUUCUCUCCUCGAUACCUCGCGCAUUAUUGGAAGAUUUCGCAAAGCAAACUGUGGAAGCUAGAACAUCAGAAAAUAUUGCACAAUUCUAUGAUCAAUACCUGAAUUUUAUUGUGGGAGAACCGGACCUCUUUAGUCUUGGGAUGAGAAAACAGAAUACAUAUUGGGCAUUGAACAGCGCAAAGACAAAGGAUGAGGAAUUGGACAACGUGGUUGAUAGGAUUGUCAGCGGACUCUUUAGUGUUAUGGUCACAAUGGGCGUUAUGCCAAUAAUUAGAUGUCCUCCUGGUGCAGCAGCAGAAAUGAUCUCUGCCAAACUCGAUCGAAAAUUAAGAGACCAUGUCCUAAAUUCAAAAGAUAAUCUGUUCUCUGGCCCCGCCAAUCGUCAAUCUACUAUCGCGCCCUCUGCUCGACCUGUUCUUAUCAUACUUGACCGAAACGUUGAUUUAAUUCCUAUGCUGUCGCAUUCCUGGACAUAUCAGUCACUCGUACAUGAUGUUCUCAAAAUGAAGUUAAAUCGAAUUACCGUCGAGACACCAAUAGAUGAGGAGAAUCCUGCAAAGGGCACAACUAAAAAGGCCUACGAUUUGAAUGCGAAUGACUUUUUCUGGGCAAAGAAUUCCGCUGUGCCGUUUCCACAGGUAGCGGAAGAUAUUGAUGCAGAAUUAAUGCGAUACAAGGCCGAUGCAACUGAUAUAACGAAGAAGACAGGUGCUUCUUCCAUAGAAGAUCUCCAAAAUGAUACGAGUGCUUCAGCACAACAUCUGAAGGCUGCCAUUACCUUACUUCCCGAAUUGAGAGAACGAAAAGCUGUGCUAGAUAUGCACAUGAAUAUAUUAGCUGGACUUUUGACCGGCAUAAAGGAUCGACAAUUGGAUAACUUCUAUCAAAUGGAAGAAAAUAUCAUGAAGCAAACAAAAGCGCAAAUGCUUGAGGUUAUAAAUGAUGCAGAUAAAGGCAAAGAACCAACAGAUAAAUUGAGAUUAUUUAUCAUCUGGUACUUAAGUACCGAACAAGAAAUCACGAGGGCUGAGAUGGACAAAUUUGAAGAGUCAUUGAAGACUGCAGGUGCUGACACUACAUCUCUAGCAUAUGUCAAACAAGUUCGCACCACAACCCGAAUGACGAUGCUCACUACAGCUCCUACCCCUGCUUCUCAACCACCAAGUACAUCCGGCGAUCUUUUCCGUGGUCUCUCUUCCAUUUCUUCUCGCCUCACCACAUCCCUUAAAGAAACUGGUAUUACCACCAAUUUCGAUAAUUUAAUAUCCGGAGUAAAGAAUUUUCUUCCCGCAAACCGUGAUCUUACUGUCACAAAAAUCACAGAAUCAAUUAUGGAUCCUCAAUCCGCUUCUAGUUCCGCAAUAGCAAAAACAGAAGAUUAUCUUUACUUUGACCCUAGAUCCGCAAAUGCAAGGGGUACCGUACCACCAGCAAGCGCGAGCAGAAGAAAUGAAAUGCCAGGAAGUCUACAAGGACCGGGUAUUACACCAAGUUUCGGUAUGCGUAGACAAGGGUUUAGUGAAGCAAUUGUUUUUACUGUUGGUGGGGGUAGUAUGGACGAAUAUGGAAAUUUACAGGAGUGGACGAGAAGGGUUAAUAAGGAGGGUGGGGGAGGAAUGGGGAAGAGAAGAGUGGUUUAUGGAAGUACGGAGUUGGUUAAUGCGGAGGAAUUUUUGAGCGGGGAAUUAGGAAUGCUGGGUGGUGAAUGUUUGUAG